CAAAAAAAUAAGGUUUCAAAUUCUGACAUUCGAUUUCAAACCACCUUCCCUCCUGGAUUUCUGACAUCACAAAAUAUUUGAUACUUUCGUUAUUUACAUUUUGCCGUAAGUUAUUUUAUUGCAAUCAAAUAUUUCAAAUCAAAUGGUUAUGCGUAAAAUGGAUGGAGAAGAAACGUAGAAAUUGGGAAUAUCAAACCAGGUUAAAAAAAAUUACUUUAGUGAGUGAAGUAGACAAUUGGCGUAAUGUCUUUCAUAACAAAAAGGGAACGCGUUUUCAAUGAAUACGAUUUGCUUGAUUUGCCACCGAGGAAUGAAGGGAAGCUCAAGGCUUACGCGUCUUGCACCGACGCCAGAGCCUGGUCCCACUUCUGUUCAGACAAAACUGAACACUUGGUGGAGAUCAUAAAAAGAAACAAUGACAUCUGCCGUCCGAAGUACCUGCCCACCGACGUCAUAGUGCAGACUCUGAUGGCGGCAAAGAACGCAGAAAUAUCGAGAUUAAAGCGCAAGAUCCAAGAGUUUGAGCAAAUGUUGGCGACGUACGACCAACUUGAACUGACAUGCGAACAGAAAUGUGAAAUCGCCAACGCUCAUGCAGCUAUAAAAGCAGCUAACAAAGAGUUGGAUGAAUUGUGCCUAGAUUUGGACCUAUCGGGUUUUACGGAGGGGAUGGACUCAGACGCUUUUGAGACUGGGAAAUCGAGAGGAGACGAGCCUUCUCGGUACAGAGGUGACGAGGCUGAAACGUCAAGAGGGAGUGAGAGCGUCAAGUCCCGUGGAGACGAAUGGAUGUUUGAUAAAGAACCUCCAAAAACUGAGACGAAGAGUAAUCAGACUGAUUUGGCUUGCCCGUGCGAUGUAUCCACCUCUGCUGUGGAUCCAAGAAUCCAGGAUAUGCAAGACACUAUUAUUAGUAAAGACGCAAAGUUAAGCGCUAUGAGAAAUACAAUAGCGGUCAUGGAAAACGAUGUUUGUGAGCCAUAUUGCAUCUACGCUCACAUCUACACGGCAUUAGAAAAAAUAUUUGGAGUGCUGUGUCAAAACGACAAAUAUAAACUUUAUUUGAAUCUUAUGACUGCAGGUAAAGACAUACGAUGCAUAGAUAUAAAAGGAAAAAUCUUAUUCAAAUUGAAAGUGCUAGAAAAAUUUGGCCAGGCUUUGAUUGCACCAUGCUCUCAACAAGGAGCAAGUAGUUCAUCUUUGGAAUGUGCUUGUUUACGAGCAGAAGUAACAGCUCAUUUUGAAAAUCCACCUUUGACAUCAGAAACCAAAUUAUCUAAUUUAGAUAACAAAAGAGCUCAACUUGUCGCUGAUAUAAUGGCUAAUGAUGAAAUGAAAGAAAUCCUAAGCAAAGAUAGUUGUUCAGAUAAAAAUGACGAUGACAGUAAUAUCGAUGACGGUGUUGAUAAUUACAGUAUAGAUACAGAAAAUUUAAAGCGCUUAAAACUUUUGCAACAAAAUUAUGAUGAAUUAAUGGCGUGCUACGAAAAGGUAAAAUAUGAGAAGGACUGUUUACAAGUUAGAUGUAGCCAAUAUGAAGAGUUAGAAAAGGAAUACGAAAACCUCAAAAAUCAAUUAAUAAACGAGAAGGAACACUAUCGAAAGCGUUCAGUAGAUAUAGAUUCAUUAAAGGAACAAUAUUGGGUACUGUUGGAAGAAACUUCAAAUUUGGAAACACAGUUAAAAGCAGAAACAGAAAUAAAUUCAAUAAAAUCAAAUACUGUUGAAGACCUUCGGAGUGAGAAUAUAGAAUUAGAGAAAAAAGUUAAUGAUUCAUACAUUGCAUUUGAAAAAGAAAAAAACUCUUUGCAAUGCAAAUUAAAAGAAGCUGAAUGUACAAUAAUGUGUCAAGAACAGCAAAUUAAAAGUUUAUCUGGUCAAAUCGAUAGACUUCUUGAACAAGGUCAUGAUAAGAUGCUCUCUGCUGAAGACGCCAGAAAUUCUUUGGCAGUCAUUAAUGAAAUCGAAUCUCUAAAAGAAAAGGUUAAUAAUCUAAAAGACUCUUUAAUUUGUAGCGAAGAUGAAAAGCAACAAUUGCUUGAACAGUUCCAAGAUAAACUUAGAAUUAUUAAUGACCUAAAAAUGGAAAUCGAAGACUGGAAGAUUACCUGCCAACGAUUAAUGGACGAGAAUAAAACUUUAUAUCAAGAUGCUAAAGAAAAGUCUGUGGCUGUAGAAAACUUAAGAAGCAUUGUUGAUAAAAGAUCACAAGAAAUAGAUUUAUUGAUGGAGGAGUUGGAAAAAAAAGAUAACGAAAAAAGAAAUAUUUCCGAACAGUAUCAGGAUUUACGUGAUAUGUAUGAUAAUAGUAUCACUGCAAAUAAAAAUGAAAAGUUUAAAGUCUUACGAACCAUACAUUUAGCUCGUCGCGAAAGUCAAGAAUUGCUCAAAAGCGUUAAUGGAAGUAAUAAUAAAAUAAGCGAUACAGGUGAAACGUCAAAAUCAAUUGAAAUUAAACAAAAGAGAUCUCAAGAACUAACAGCAGCUGAAAAAUUAUGUGAACCGGAAGAUGAUGAUUCUAUUUUACUUAACGAAAUCCAGAAACUUAAAGAAGUCAAUUCAUUAACUAUAAGUACCUUGAACGAAGAAAGAACUAAAUAUAAAGUUUCAUUAGAACUCAUGGAAAAGGAAAGUGAGAUUAUGGUAAAUAAAUUAAAGGAAUUUCAACAGGUAUCAGAAGAAAUGGAAUCCUUAAAAUUUGCUCAAGAUAACAUUAUAAAAGAAAAACAUAAACUAGAAGAUGAUCUCAAAGAAAAAAAAGAUGAACUCUUAACUGCUUUACAGUCACUACAUCUCUCCAGAAAGAAGAGUGAUGAAUUAUUUAGUCAAUUGAAUCAUUUUAAAACGGUAGAAGAGGAGUUAAUCAAAUUAGGUGACGCUUACAACCAAUUACUGCUUGAAAAAGAAGAUUUCAAAAACGAGUUAUUAGAAAAAAACAAAGAAAUUGAAAAUGUUCUACAAUCAUUAAGAAACCAAAGUGAAGCUUUGAAUAAAGGUUCAAUAAAACUAUCUGAAUUAGAAAAUGAAUUAAGUAAUUUAAAAUUUGAUCAUAUAGAAUUAAGAAAACAAAAUAGUAUUUUACAAAAUAAUUUGGAUAAUAAAACCAAAGAGAUCGAAAACUUAAAUGACGGACUGGAAACGACCAAAAAAGAAAAUUUUGUUUUAAGAGCUAAAAUACAUACUUUAGAGUCUAACCAAAAAACUGCAAAUGAGAACAUAAUAGCACUGAAAAAAGAAAACACUAUAUCUCAAACUAAUUUAGAUGAUAUUCGGAAAGAAAGUGCAGCACUUGUCGACAAAUUGAAACAUUUUGAAUCAUUAGAAGAUGAAUACGAAAAGUUAAAAGGUAAUAACGAAUCUAUGCAAAAUGAAUUGACUCAACUUACAAAUACUAUAAAAAAAAUUCAAAGAGAUAACAAUGACCUUAGUGACGAAAAUCAAAACUUACAAGCUAUCAAUAAAAAUUUGGAAAAGUCUUUAAUUGAAGCAAGAAAUCAGUUACUAGCAAAGCCAGGAAGUCCAAGACUUAGCACUGAAGAUAUUCUGAAAGAAAUAGAAAAAUUGAAGACAGAAAAACUUCAAAGUCAAAAUAAAAUAAAGGAUUUACUAAUGAAACUAGAAGAAUCAGAUAAUGUAAUAUCAGACUUGAGUGAAAGGUUACUGGCGCGUGACGAUAAAAUAGCAACAUUGGAGAAUCAUAUCAACAAACUUGAAGAAGAAAUAAUGUCAUUGCAAGAAAACUUGGCGAAAGUCAUCGAGGCUUCAGAAGAAAUAAGUACUAACAGCAUGGAAAAAUAUGAUCAAACAUUACAAAAUCUGAAUGCUCACCAUUCGAAAGCAGCACACAAUAUAAAGAUGGAAUUAGCAAAACUUCAAAACGAGAAUAUGAAGUUAGAAGAACAGUUAUCUAUGACAAAAAUAAAAAAUGAAGAAUCACACCAAGACAAAAACAAAUACUUAUCACGAGUAACAAAUCUACAAAGAGAAAGAGAAAUCAUUGUUACAGAUAUCAAACAAUUGGAAGUAAGCAGUAUAGGCGAUAGUACUUUGUCACCAGAACAAUGUGAUUUGGAUGAUAUUUUAGCUUCAUUAGACCGUAUAAGAAAACAUAUAUAUGCCAAAGCUGCUAAAAGUUCAUCUUUAGAACAAACUAUACAUAAAGUUCAAACUUCAUCACAGAUACUUCUAGGUAAAGCUGAUGAAGCCAAAAAGAUCGUUGAAAUGGAGAAACAAAAAAUUAUUAUGGAAAAAGAGGAAGCAAUACGGCAGAAAACUAAUAUGGAAAACAAACUAGCCGAAUUGAGGAAAAAUUUAGAGGAUCGAAUAGCUCAAGAUCAAGAAGUAAUCAAAGAUUUAGAAGCCGAUAUUCAAAACCAACAACUAUUAUCUGAAAAUACAAUUUCAUUACUGAAAACAAAGAUUCAAACCCUUCAAUCUAUGAAUAAAAGUUCAUUAUCAGAACUAGAAGAAUUACAGAAGAAGAAUCAAACUCUUCAAUCCACGAAUCAAAGUUUACUAACAGAACUAGAAGAAUUACAGAAAAAAAAUCAAAAUUUAACGGACGACAACAAACAAUACACAAGGGAAAAUAACCUGCUUAAAUCAGAACUAACACAGAAAACCGCGAGUAUAACAGAAUUGCAAAAGGAAUUCCAUGCUUUGAAAAACAAAACACCUUCUCUUCUCGAAACAUCAAUUCAAACAGAAAACCCAUUGCAAAGAAGUAUCUUAAUUCAAACAGAAAAUUAUGAAAUUGCAACAAAUGAAAAUUCUGUUCGAAAUUUUAACUCGGAUUUAAUUAGUAAGGAUAAGUAUGAAGACAACCUAGAAUCUUUACCACCCGCUAAUAUUUUCCAUUCAAAUAUUGGACCAAUGGAAAAUGUUCCUGUUCCAUGUUUAUUGCCCAAUGAAACCCCACAUUCCAUUAAUGAAGUACAAAUAUUGGCUACUAGUUUUGAACCUACCUUUAACUUUCAACGAAGUAAUUACUUAAAUUAUAAAAUAAAACAAUUAGGACAUAGUAAGCUAGAACAGCACUCGUUUUUUGAUGAGCAAUUACAUGAAAAAGGCUUUCAUAAUAGCAAUUUAGAAAAACCUGAAAAUAAUUACAAAUUAGUCGAUAUUUAUAAUAGAUCUAUCAAUCAUACUUCAUCUAAAUUUCUUAACAAUAAUGAUAACGUCGAUAGGACGUCGAAACUUUGUGAUAAUGAUAGCGAGCAGGGUCAGAAAAUAAACCAAAGCCUUAAUAACAAAUUUGAUUUGCCAAACGAUGGUGCUAAAACUAAUAACUAUGAUGAUAAUGAUAAAGAAUCAUUGAAGCAACAAAAUAAAGACUAUAAAGAUUUAUUGACUACAGUCAAAGGAAAUGUAACAGAAAGUACAGACAAUGUCAUAAAAGGGAAAGAUGUUUCUGCUACAGCAAACGAUAAACAAAAAGAAAACGAACUAGUAAUAAAACAAAGAAAGGAUAAGGUAAAAAAUUACAAGCAGUCUACAGUACCUGCUACUUUCAUAGAAAGUGCUUAUGUCGAAGAUGAUAUCUAUGACGAAGAUGAUAGUGUGAAACCAAAAUUAAAGAUUAAUUUGCCCAGAAUAAAUAAUGAAAGCCAUUCUUUAUUGACAACAUCAGAAGGUGAUAGAAAAUCCACAGAUUCAGAUACUUUAGACAUUUACUCUUCACCUAAGCAAAGUUCCAUUAUGAGUGCAAAAUUAUUUAGCGAUACUGAAAUUAAGAUAACGAAACAAGGAAACCUACUUUUACCAUCAAUGUCAAAUGAAAAUAUGCCAUCGAGUUCGUUUAACAUUAAAAUGAUGAAUACUGAGCUUGAAAGAAAAUACAACAAUCAACAAGAUAUGAGAAUCGAUGAAUUAAGAAACCAAAUUUUCGAACUUACGAAUCGUGACAAGAAUUUGAGUGACGAUGACCUGGAGUUAAUCCGUCGCAACAAAAAGAUGACAAUUGAAAGUAAUGAUAGCGAAAAAUCACACCAUGACCUGUCAAGAGUUGAUGCAGAAGUUUAUUUAAUGAAGCCCCAAGAUAAAAAACAGGUUGAUUUACCUGUUCGAAAUUCUAUAGAACCAAGAAGUUUCGCAUUAGAUUAUAUUUUGAAUACAGUCCGACAAAAAGUAUAUCCUCGAAACACAAAUAUAACAAAUGAAGUGCGGGAAUCACCGAAAAGCUUAAGUGAUGAACGAUUAUAUGCAAAAAAUGAAAAAUCAAAGGAUUGGAGACCAUCCAAAUGUAACCAGCAUAAAAUGUCAUUCUUCGAAAAUCAAAGCAACCUUGAAACAAACCAAAGCGGGAGCAAAAUAAGUGGAUCCAAAUCAGCUGUGGAUCGGAGUGUAAUGGCUGAGGCUGAUGAUGUUAAAGAUUAUGAAGAAAGAAUACGUGUAUUAACAAAGAGCUUGGAAAUUACUGAGCGAGAUUAUAAACGAAGAUUAUCAGCAAUAAAAUCUCAAUAUGACAGUAACAUAACGAGUAUCAUAAAAGAACACAAUCAAGGUGUAAAGAAUAUUCAAGGCCUCCAUGAACAAACAUUACAAGAUAUAAUAAAAAUUCAUGAAAAUGAAAUUGAAAAUUUAAGAACAAUGAGCUUAGAAGCUAACCGUAAAGCUGAAAAAUUAGAAAGAGAAAAUUUUUCGUUAAAAUCAAAAAUUAAGGAAAAUUCUAAAACAGGCUUAGACGAGGAACCGAUAAAAAUACCCUCUGAUUUGAAAAAGGGUAGAAAAUCACGUUCUGAUACCAAAACGCUUACUAAAACCGAUAUCGUUGCCUGUAACGUGAAACCAAAGAUAAAAUCUUUUGGUCCGUGCACAUGUUCCUUGGAUGUUAAUAUUUCAGAUACUAUUAAAAAUAUAUUCGAACAAGUUAGUGUUUCACAACGAAAAAUGGCUGAACAUUCCUAUAUUAAGUAUAUUAUCAAUAAAAUGCUUAGUGGCAAUGUGGAGGAUUUAGACGCUCAGGAAUUAUCAUUCCUUCACUUAAAAGUAUGUCGGGCUUGGAAAAUGAAAUUAAGUAAAGAAGAAGCACUACAAAAACGAAUAGACAAUUUAGAAAGCGAAUUAAUUAACAGACAACGCCAUGCUCAACAACAUAUAGCUGAAUUGGACCGAAAGGUGGAAGAGGAGAAGCGACGGCUGCAGGAGGUGCGAGAGGCGGUUUGUCGUAGUCCGCCAGGGGACUCAAGAACCGGGAGCCCAGAACCUACAUACGAUUGUAUGACUGCUGCUCCGUUAUCUAUGGACGUGGACAACGAUAAUUGUGGCUGUAACACUGGCGUUAGCGGGGUGGAACUCAAAGGAAGGCGUUCUGCUGGAGACCUGUCGCGAGCUAUAACAAGCGCUAGUGUACGGUCAAAACGAACUCGCGUUGAGAGCAACCGGGCUGUCUUAGUGAAAAUAGAUACUGAAGAAAAAAGGGAAAGAAGACCCUAUCAUGACGACCCCCCGACUCGGCUGCGUCGAAGCCACGACAGGCAAAUGACGCGUAAAAAAUAAUUUUAACAUCAUCAUUAAUAUGCAAUCGACACACUUGUCAAAAACUCAGUGUGUCGUCCCAGGAUUGAUUCAAAGCAACGGAUUGACAACUUAUCUUCUUCUUAAGAAGUCAAACUUUAUAUGUGGUAUAUCAACGGUGUCGGUGCGCAGAUCUUUUGUACAAAAUUUGUGAAAUCUAUUUUGCAAUGUUUAUUAUUUACAAUAUUUUUAUUAUUUAUGUAUCAAGUUUUGCUUAUGAACUUGUGUAUUUAUGUAUUUAUGGAAAUUAUAAAUUUUCCGUUUUAUUUAAUAAAAAAUGAAAAACUGA